AGUAAGAAAACUUCCUAACAACCAUACCAACUUAUUCAUAGUGAUGAUCGUGAAGCCAUUGACUUCUGAUUAUAAGGAGCGAAUAUUGCUUGAACGAUUGAUCAUGCCAAUAAACAAAGCGUUAAAUAAAGUCAACACUUCUUUCACAUUCUCAAAACUAUAUAUCAAACCAGUCACCACAAAAAACUACUAUAUCAAAACUUCAACCCAGCAAAACUAACAAAUAGUAACAAUGGCCAAAAAUUGCUAUAACCCCAAAACGCAGACGUAUUCCUCACCAAGACAACCCAUCCACAUUCCAACCGAUCCCAAUCUCUCCCUAACCUCCUUCCUCUUCCAAUCCACUUCCUCCGCCGCCGACACCGUCGCUCUUGUCGAUGCCCAAACCGGUGACUCCCUAACCUUCCGCCAACUUAAAACACAAGUCACCGCCCUCUCCCGCUCCUUACUCCGCCUCGGCAUCAAACGAGGCGACGUCGUUUUGCUAUUCGCUCCUAACUCCAUACGCUUCCCUGUCUGCUUCUUAGCUAUAGUUUCCAUAGGUGCUAUUGCCACCACCUGUAGUCCUUUAUACACCGUCUCCGAACUCACCAAACAAAUCCAAGACUCCAAUCCCAAACUUGCCUUUACCGUAUUGGAACUUCUAGAUAAAAUCGAACAGUUACCCUUGGAUUUACCUUCAAUAUUGCUUGACGAUGCUUCAUACCUAUUAUUUCCUCCAAAAAAAUUCAGUUCUUUGGUUUGGGACUACCAGGAACUUACCGGAGAGUCAAACGAAAGUUCCGAAGAGUUGUUUCCGGCAAACUGUUUCGUUUCACAAUCCGAUGUGGCGGUGAUUCUGUACUCUUCAGGAACCACUGGGAGAAGUAAAGGAGUAAUGCUGACUCACAAGAACUUCAUAGCGACGGCAGUGGCAGGAACGGCGGAUCAGGAUUUCUACGGUGAGGGGAAGAAUGUGUUCUUAUGUUUGGUGCCAAUGCAUCAUGUGAUGGGAUUGGCAGUGAUAACGUACACGCAGCUGCGGAGAGGGAAUACGGUGGUGAUAAUGGGUAAAUUUGAACUGGAGAAGACUUUGGCGGCUGUGGAGAAGUUUAAGGUGACGCAUUUGUAUGUUGCUCCACCGGUGAUGGUGGAGCUCGUCAAUCGGCGCCAGGUUGUGGACAGUUACAACUUGUCGUCGCUGAAACAACUUGCCGGUGGUGCUGCUCCUUUAGGAAAAGAUCUGAUGCAAGAGUGUGCUAAAAUUCUACCAAAAAUUGAAAUCAUUCAGGGGUAUGGCAUGACUGAAGGAUGUGGACUUAUUUCCUAUGAAAAUCCAAAGGAAGAGUGGUUCAUUUCUGGUUUAGGUUCAACUGGAACACUGCUUCCUGGUUUCGAAUCCCAAAUAGUUAGUUUGGAAACAUCUAAACCCCUUCCACCAAAUCAAGUAGGAGAGAUUUGGUUAAAAGGACCUUCUAUGAUGAAAGGAUAUUUUAACAAUCCAGAAGCUACGAAACUGACGAUUAAUGAUGAGGGUUGGAUGAUUACCGGAGAUCUUGGAUAUUUUAACGAAAAGGGAGAACUAUUUGUUGUGGAUCGUAUAAAAGAGCUCAUCAAAUGUAGCGGGUAUCAAGUGGCUCCAGCUGAACUUGAAGACUUAUUAAUUUCUCACCCUGAAAUUUCUGAUGCUGGGGUGAUCCCAUCCCCUGAUGCCAAAGCUGGUGAGGUUCCGGUGGCAUUUGUUGUUCGUGCCCCCAAUAGCUCGAUAACUGAAGAGGACAUUCUGAAGUUUGUAGCAAAACAGGUAGCACCAUACAAAAGGUUGCGACGAGUGACUUUCAUAGACAAGAUUCCAAAGUCACCCACUGGAAAGAUCUUAAGAAAGGAUCUUGUCAUUUUGGAUCAACAAAUGAGAUCAAAGUUAUAGCAUAUUAAUGCUUUGGAAGGCUCUGAUCUACCACACAUCAUGGAGAUGAACGAAAAGACGUCAAAAUUCUGGUCUCUGCAGUUAUGAUCAUCGCAUAGUAGUUUUGUGUCCUUUUCUUAUUGUUAUAAUCCUAAAUUUCAUUUCCAUUUUAGUAAGCAUUUUGUAACCGAAUUUUAAAAAUAAAUUAAAAAUUUUCAAUUCACAAAAGUACAUCUCUGUUUCUUCAAUAGCAGCUUACUAGUUUUAGAAUAAAUAAAUUUUUAUCA